ACCUUUAAAGCGACCACACUAGCCAUUCGUUCACGCAAAAAUGGAUACACCUUUUUUCCCCAAGUGUGAAGAGCGAGUAGGCAUUGCUCCUGUAAAUUUAAGCGAGCGAAACGUGUAUAGCCUUUUCCCCCCCUUUGAUCCUUCACUUCGACCUUAUUUUUGAAAGCCAAAAAGGAGGAAAAGGAAAAAAAUUGGGAAUGCUGGGCUGCAAUUUUGUUUUAUAGGCAGUACGAGGCAGGUAAAAAUUGCGAGUUUUUUUUUUUUUCUUCUUUGCAACUUGGGAAAAGCACACGUUCAUGUUGACCGCUUCGCAUCUCACACGACGGACACAGUCACUUGAAGCUAAUGCAGGAAUCGUCGAAACGUAGUGCCAUUUUUAGCGCGUUUCACCGGGGGGGCUGCACGAUCGGAUAGGCACGCCAGCACUGCGUUACUGCGCCACUGUGGCGUUUAGUUUUCCGGCCAGUCUUCACUCCCAACGAUUGGAGGGAGUACCUCUAGGCUGCCCCACCCACUUGCGCAUGUCCACCCCAAAAUGAUUUUCAAAAGCGCCACCCGGCUGUCGAACAAAGUGUGCGACGUGUUGGUAUCCUUCGGGGUACGUCAAAAUAAAACGACCUUCAUUUCUCACCCAGGAGUCAUGGCCGUUUCGCAGCUGCUAGAAAUGAAACUGAUAACGAGGCCCAGGGCGAACCUAACCCAAGAGAAUGUCAAUGCCAUGGUGGAAUUCGAUUACGAGCUAGCCAAAAAGGCACAAAUAGCAGUGGACAAUAAUUUGCCUGUCAAUUUUUUUGACCUUGAGUAUAUAGACAAACCAGAGUACCUGGCACAGCUCCUUGAGGAAAAAAAUAUUUUAGAAAAGACGAGAGAAGAAGUCCUAAAAAGAGAAAAAGGAAAUUAUAAAACUCCAGAAAUUUUAAAAAAUUACAAACGUGUUGAAGUUCCGAGGGAAUGGAGACAAGAGCUAGAAAUUGAUGAGAAAAUUUUGAAGGCGCAACCGGGGCUAAAGGAAAAUAUUGAGCUGCAAAAGAUUAUGCAUAACUAUGUGCAGAGCAAAUUUAAAAGUAAGGUUCCGGGGCAGCCUCAGAAGAAGCACGUCAAGGGAUGAGCGGCACGGGCUUCGAAGAAGAACAUCAAAGGAUGAGCGGGAUGGGCUCCGAAGAAGAACAUCAAAGGAUGAGCGGGAUUGACUCUCCCGCUUGGCCAACCGGCGCGUCUUAGUUUCACUGCUUUACGAAGCCGCCCCACCAUAAGUGCACCUUUUUUUGCGCGCUAAGUGCUCAUAAACGAUUAGGAUGAGGAAAAAAAUUCCCCUCAAAUUAGUUUUAAAAAAAAAAGUUUCGUAAAGUAGAAUAUCGUCAAAUGGGGGGAAACGGCAUCAAACGGGAAGAUGCCUCAUUUUACAAAAAAAAAAAAUGCACAACGUUGGCAAUGUUACAAAUGCAUCGGAGAUGGCUCUGCGGAGGCGUCAAAAAGGAGGCCUCCCCUUAGCACUUUUCUUUGCCGCCUUUUGAUUUGGAGCGAUUUUUCCGGCCUGCUUCUGCCGCUGCUCAAUAACCCGCCUGGCAUAUUCAAGCGGGUUUUCGAUAAAGCCACUGGCCUUGAUUAUAUCGUCGUACUGGUUCAGCACGUCUUCUUUUUUCUUCACCACAUGAGGACCGCUGGGCGUGCUACCUAGGCAGUUGCGAGGGGUCCCAUUUGGGGCACUGCCCUUGUUGCUUACCUUCUCCACCCCGUUUUUCCCCUUCGAAUUGCUCCCACGGAGUACUUUUGCGAGAACUGGGGGGAUAACAGGCCUGUUAGUUACCUCCUCGGAUUUAUUCUUCCCCCCCUGGGUUGCCAAUUUUAUCUUUUCACCCCACUUCUUCGAUGGAGGCAAGAACGUCCUGCCUGCCUUAAUGAUGGCUUUAUUCUUCACCAACUUUGCUAUGAGGUUAUUUUUCUUCAGCUUCAAAUUUAAUUUUUUUAUUUUCUUCCUGCUGCCCGUUUUCCUCUUCGAUUCCUGCAGGUGUUCAUUUUCCUUUUUAAACUUCUCUACAUCUUCACUUGUCUCAAUAUACUCCUUAUAAAUCUGCAUGAACCUUUCCGCCGCGUUCUUCUGUUCGAGGUCCCUCUCUUCGCCGCUGCGUUGCUGUCCGUUGGGUUCCUUUUUUUCGAGCUCCCUCAGCUCCUCCGCUUUG